CGUCGAUACUGGGCCUCUUGGAUCUCCCCUAAUGCCUUCGAUGAUGGCAGCGCCAAACCACUGGCGAUGUACUCCGCCUCCGACAACGAGUGCUAUUCGAUCUAACAAGCGUAAACUGGAUGACCGUUUCGAUCCUUACCCAAGUAGCUCAAAGCGGCGCGCUGUUUCACCUUCAUUGUCGUACCUGAGAGACUCACACCCGUCCAUAAAUUCACCUAUGAAUAGAAGCGCAUCCAGACUUCCUAUCUCCAUCCCCAUCAACAUGCCUACAUCUGCUGCGAGUUCUGCAGCGUCUUCACCCACGAUAACAACUGCAUACCCUCCCUUCCCUCGAUCAGUCAGCAUGUCAUCCAGUCCGACUCUGCGACCGACCAGUAUGAUACUCGCAAGUCCCAUUUUACGGCCCAUUCCUCGCAGGCGCAGUAUUGGGGAAGAAAGAGAAGUAGAGGGGGCAGUCGACUCGCUCUUUGGCUCACGGCACUGGAAUUCUGACUUAGAGAUUAGUCACGCAGAUGCCAUGUCUACACUCCAGCUUAAUUGUCUCAUAGAAGGUCAUAAUGAAGUUUAUAGUCACCGCGGCAGUGUGCACCUACCUUCGAGCGUGUUGAUGCUCGCUGUCUGGAAUUGUGGAAGGUGGGCCAUCGUCAACAUUGAUAUCAACGCUUACUUGAACGAUGGGCGUUCUCUUAGCCACCUUAAAUUUGAGCCUGAAGGCAUCGAAUCGUUACAAUCAUGGAAGUCAAUCUCGGAAUAUUGGUCUGGUCAACUGCCCGACGAGUUCAUCCAUAUUAUGGUAAAGGGGGUCCCGGCUGGUGAGUCCGCUACAGGAAGAAACUGUUCGCUGUCAAUUAUUCUAUCCAUUCCUCGUGCCCUUCACAGAAAUCAGACACCCCCCUCAGUCUAUUGAAGGAGAGAUCCCCUAUUUGGAGAAACAGCAUGCCACGUCGGUCCAGAAUGGCAUAAACGCCCCCCCACCAUCAUCUGGUGCUCAGCUUCCUGCCUUCAAACACGAACAAGAAGUGCGGCCAGUUAUGAAUGGACGCCCAAUGGAGAACUGUGGACUUCCUGUUCAUCUGUUCCAUCCAGCGUUUUCUCACUUCCAGCGCACACUCGUUGAUCCUAACAUCGAGCUGACCGCCGAUGACUAUUCUAGGGCAUAUAAGUAUAUGCGUGUGUCAGCCGCGCUUUACGAGACGAAAGCUCUGCGAUAUGAUGCAAUUUCAACCUGCUUGAGGGAAGCUGUUUGUUUUGGUCUAAUCCCUGUCGUAAACGCCGAUGGAACAAAGGCGGAUGGCUCAAUCUUAACACUUACUCUGGACAACUAUCCAGCGAGAGCAGGAAUUUAUGAACUAAAGAAUGAGAUUGGGACUGGUAGCUCUGACCCAACAAUCCAGGGAUCGUUAUCAUAUAGGAAGACCUGGGUUUCAAGAACGCUUGCCCCUAUACGUCGCGCUUGCUGUUGUCCAUCAUUUAUUAUCUCUAUUGCAGGGCCAUGGAUGUGUUUAUCUGGGGCUGUCUUUAUUGAAAAUGUCGUGGUUCAAAAAUUGACGGACUAUGUCUGGACGGGCGGUAAUCCUUACGACGACAGAGAGUUGGAGUCCAUUACACGUCUCUUCAAGGCCCUGUCAGUGGGUCUGCAAGACCUCAAAACGUUCUAUGGCAAUCUGUUUGCUGCUGCUGAUCAUCGUCCCGAAAUCCAACGCUUUUUCCCCUCUACUCGUUCUUACCUCGAUUCGCAGGGUCAGAAAGUUUAUUUCCGAUAUAUCAAACGACUCAGCAUGACGAAAGCUGUUUAUUUAGCAGCGACCACUUCUGGCAAUCAGCUUAUUGUCAAAUUUGUUCAGCGGUACAAUUCUGAUGCGCAUCGUCUUCUCGCGUCCCAUGAUUUGGCCCCGAUGCUUCAUUAUUCGAGUCUGGAUAAUACCAAUACAAACACAACAGGAGGCCUGGGCGUUGUGAUAAUGGAUUUUGUGUGAGGGUCGAAUGCCUACGUGCUGUAUUCGACGACACAACUUCCGAACACUAUUUACGAUAAAGUC